CUCGGAGGGGUUCGGUCCCCAUCACUCGGCAGCGUCCAUGGCUGCGGGGCAGCACCGCACAGCACGGGACCGGCAGCCCGGCAGGUGACCCCCACCCUGUCACCAUGAUGGAGCUGCGGCCCCCCAACGCGAGCACGGCGCAGUAUGGUGAUUUUGGGGUACAGAAUGGCAGCGUUCCAUCCUCGGAGUCCACGCUCCAACCUUUGCCCUUGGAUCCAUGGGACGUCGAGCUGUGCGUCUCCGGCACCAUCAUCAGCUGCGAGAACGCGGCGCUGCUGGUGGUGCUGGCGGUGCUGGCGGUGCUGGCGGUGCUGGUGGUGACGCCGGCGUUCCGCGUGCCUGUGUUCCUCCUCGUGGGCAGUUUGGCAGCCGCCGACCUGCUGGUGGGGCUGCGCCUCAUCCUGCGCUUCGCUUCCAUCUAUCUGGUGCCGUCGGAGGCGCUGGCUUUGGGCACAGCAGGGCUGCUGCUCACCGCCUUCACCGCCAGCGUGUGCUCCGUGCUGGCCAUCGCCGCCGAGCGCUUCGUGUCGCUGCAGCACGCGCUCACCUACAGCUCGGGGCGGGGCCGGACCCGGCUCACGUUGCUGCUCGCCUGGGGAGCAUCGCUGUGCUGCGGGCCGCUGCCCGCCCUGCGCUGGAACUGCGUGCGGGAUCCGUCCUCCUGCGGCUCCAUCCGGCCGCUCCGCCGGCCCCACCUCGCCGCCCUCUCCGUCUCCUUCCUGGCCGCCUUCGCCGUGCUGCUGCAGCUCUGUGCGCAGAUCAGCCGCAUCGUUCGGCACACACAGCACGUGGCCGCGCAGAGGCAGCUCGCAGGGCGGGCGGGCACGGCGCGCACAGGGACGGCCGCGCUGGCGCUCACGCUGGGCGCCUUCGCCGCGUCUUGGCUGCCCUUCGCCGCGCUCUGCCCACCUCCUGCUGCCGGCUCCGUCCAACCUCUCAUCUACGCCUUCCGUAACGGCGAGCUCUGGAAGGUUCUGUGGGCGCUGUGCUGCGGGUGCCGCUCUGCUGCGGUGCCCUUGCGCUCCCGGACGCCCGGCGAUGUGUGAUCAUCCCCAAGGGACGUGGGGCUGCCGGUGGUGACGUCUGGUUGGCAGGCAGUGCUGUGUAUUUGGCACCCACAGAUGUGCUGUUGGCACCUGGUGACAUCUGGUUGUCACUGGUGAUGUCUGGUUGUCACCCACUGAGGUGCUGUUGUCACCCGGUCACAUCUGGCUGUGCCCUGUGAGGUGUUACUGUCACCUGAUGGCAUCUGUUUGUCACCCAGUGACGUCUCAUGGUCACCUGGUGGUGGCUGGUUGUCACCGAUGAUGCCUGGUUGUCACCCACUGAUGGCUGAUUGUCACCUGGUCACAUCUGGUUGUCACUGGUUGUCACCCAGUGAUGUGCUGUUCUCACCUGAUGACAUCUGAUUGACACCCAGUGAGGUGUUACUGUCAUCCGAUGGCAUCUGUUUGUCACCCCAUGAUGUCUCACUGUCACCUGGUAGAGGCUGAUUGUCACCCACUGGUGUGUUGUUGUCACCCAGUGACAGCUGGUUGUGGCCGCCGAUGUCUGAUUGUCACCUGGUCACAUCUGGUUGUCACCCACUGAGGUGCUGUUGUCACCUGGUGACAUCUGGCUGUGCCCAGUGAGGUGUUACUGUCACCUGAUGGCACCUAUUUGUCACUCAGCGACGUCUCUUGGUCACCUGGUGGUGGCUGGCUCUCACCCAGUGACAUCUGGUUGUCACCCAUCCCCUGGUUGUCGCCCAGCAGCAGCUGCCCCCCCUGCUGUCUGUCUGCCCCCCUCUGACAGC